AUGGGUAGAGAUCAAGACGAUAGCGAGUAUAACCUGCAAGAGGCAUGGGAAAAGGCGUGCACUUCCUUUGCGAAGACAGCCAAAAUCGACCUCACUACAGCGCCGAAGUUCUCUGUCGAUGAAGUCCUCGAUCAAAUUCGCGCGAAGCAGGAUGAUGAUGAGGAGAAGAACAGCAAGUAUGCCGCUGCAAGAGAUGCCAUUAGCAAGACGUUGACCUUUGUCACACUGUUGGGUGGGAUCGCUGCCCAGGGUGCGAGCAUGGUAUUUGCGCCUGCCGACCUCUGUUUCAAUGCGAUUACAUACCUCAUUGACACUGGAGCAAGAUUCAAACGCAUUUUCAGCAGCCUGGCCGACCUGUUCCGCCGCAUCUCUGAUGUGCUAGAACGCUGUAAGAUUUAUAUGCGCUUGCCCGCAGACGCAGUUGAUGUCGCCCUCCGCAAGAUCAUAAACGAGGAGCUGGUAUGUUUUGUCGACAUUUGCGCGUUGUCAAUCAAGGUUCUCAGGGGUCACAAAGUCCUCAUAGCGCUCAAGGUGUUUGCCUUCGAUGGCGACGAAGGCGUGAGCGGCCAGCUGGCUCGUCUGACCACGCUAGUUGAGCGCGAGUCUCAGAUGCGGGCAACACUAGGGUUUGAGUCGCAGAAGAUGAGCGAGAGAAACAUUAUUGAGAACCGGGAUGGCACAAGAAAAAUCAACAGAGACGCAGACACUGCCUCAAAAAAGCUUCUGGAGAGCAUCGAUCUCAGUCUGGACAACGCGGGCGAGGCUUUCAAAACCAUUCAAACGAACCUGCGACGCCUGCUGAGUGACCAGGUUCAGGGGAGUGGAGAGUGGCUUCGAAAUGAUCCACUAUAUACCAAGUGGGUGUCUCAUGAAACGUCGCCGUUCUCAGUCUUUGGUAUCUCCGGAGGCGAGGGAUAUGGCAAAUCGUUCCUCUUUGCGAGCAUUGUCAAACACCUGCAGGAAGCACAACCUCAAUCUGGAAACGAUAUGAGAUGUAUUUCCACUGCCUAUCAUAUCUUUGACGAAGAUAAAGAACAAACUUCUUUGGUGAAGGCUCUGAAGGUUCUUGCAUGGCAGAUCGCCGGCCAAGAUAUUGUUUACCGCAAAGAUAUAAGCUCUGUGAAAACGAUUGGUAUCAACCAGAUAGGGGAUCUUUGGGAAAUUCUCUUCUCCAAAUCAUAUAAGAGCGACUCAACAUUCUUUCUACUCCUCGAUGGCAUUGAUCAGAUAGAGAAGAGUGACCUCAAGGAGUUCAUCCGAGUUUUAGAGGAAUUACAGGUCACCUCUGAGACCUGGUUACAGUUCAAGCUCCGCAUUUUCAUUACUGGACGAGAUGAUACAAUGAGGAAAAUCGAAAGUCAGCUUGGGGGAGGGAUGUCGACAAUUGAGAUGGCGUCCGAAAACAACGAUGAUAUAGAGAAGUUCAUUAUUGACCGCAUGAACAAGAUGGAGAUCCUGAGCGGCUCGUCAGAUCAGGUACUCUCACUACGGCGCGAGAUCUUACAAAACCUGAGGACUCAGACCCAUGGCGACUUCGUCAAUAUCGGCCUCUUGCUGCAUGAGAUCAGCGGGAAGCAACGUCCUGGUGAGAUCCGGGAUAUCUUGUCCCGGUCGGGAGGUAAUCGAUCCGACACUAUCGCGAGAAAGAUCGAACGCCUCAACGAGACACUCAACGAAGAAGAUAUUUCGGACUUGAAUGUCAUCCUCACAUGGGUUGUCUUUGCUUGCUGGCCGCCAUCUCUGGGAGAACUAGAGGCGGUCGUCUUCCUGAAGGCCGGAGAGUCUUCUCUUCGGCCUCUGGCAGAGAAAAUAAUUGAUCAAUAUUCCUCAAUUCUCCGGAUAAUGCCAGAGCCAUAUCCCGUCGAUAAGGCCAUUCCAGCUACUUUCGGUUUGUUAUCGACUGUGGUACUGGUUUCCGACUCAAUAGAAGACUUUUUCCUGAAGCAAGAUGAUACCGACAGCAACGGAGAUGCCUCGGACAUAGAUGACACUGGGGAUGUAAGCGAAGCCGAAGUCAGGAUUGUCCGCCGGUUCCUGGAAUCAAUAUGUGAUCCCAAGCUGUUCUCCAAGUUUGGCUUUGAAGAUUUCUUCCAGCGGAAACUCAAGGGGAAAAAGGCCCUGGUCGGAGUUGACAUGUAUAACGCUCAUUUGAGUAUGCUGUCAACGUGCCUGGAGGUUAUCAACCGCCAAGAAUCUCCCAAACUGACCCCUCUGCUCAAUUACGCAUGUUCUUAUUUUCCGGCACAUCUUCAUGUAGUGGAUCCUUCAUUGAUGCAACCACGUGAAAAGAUGGCCCUUGGUCCGCAGUUAGUCUCCCUCCUCAUGGAUGAACAGACCAUUAGGAAAUGGUGGUCACCAUCCGGACUUUUGUUACGGAUGCAAUGGAUCUACACGGAUGAACUUCCUGAACUUGCAUUGAAAUGGCUUCAAGACUCUGCGGUCACCAAAAACCUCCCCGAUGACCAAUUGAAAUGGGUGAAAAGUUUGAGUUCCAAGUCCGAGCCAGAUGCAGAUAUUCUGGAGCAUAUUGCAAAAUUGACUGCCCGUCUCUGGUUGAAAUCAGGUAUCAGUGCACAGUCGCUUGCAGAUUGUUUCGCCGUCAUUCAUGGAUAUAUCACCAAGAUUGAAAAUCGCAAAAACCCCCAGGUCCAAAGGUCAACAAGUGACCCAGAACCCGAAAGCAUCGACACCUCCCAAAUCCUUGAUGCCGCCGAAUGGGCUCGACAGAAACUUGGACUAGAUAAUCUGGGAUACUACGAGACCCGCAACCUAGCGUGCACAUUGAGAGAGUACAGAAAAUGCGCCGAGUCCGUCGAAUAUUUCAAACUCUCGUGUUCACUGCGAGAGUAUAAUUGGCUCUCCCAAUGGGGACUUGCAAACACCUAUGCCUGCCAGAAGGAAUUUGCCCUUGCAAUUGAGGCUAUAGAGGCCGCAAAAAAUGUUAUAGAGUGCGGCGAGAUACGCGAAGAUGACUCUGAGUUGAUAGGAAUGGACCGUGAUAUGGCCAAGUAUAACGAGGAACUGGGUGAUAUCAACAAAUCGUUUGCGAUAUACGAGGAAAUGCUGCGGAAAGACCCGACGGACUAUUACGCGGCGGUGGAGAUCACAAUGCACUUUCGUAAAAACAAGGACUCUGAAGGCCUGCUCAAAUUCCUUAAUUCGCUGAAGGCCUCGAUAGACGAUUCAACCGGUCUUGACAGACGAACGCUGAUGUUCCACGAGACUUACUCCCAUAAUGGGUAUCAUGAGGCGUUGUUCGCUUUGGCGUCCGAUAACGAGGCCUUUGACAUCAUCUCUGAAAGCUAUCAAGUAGCCAUUUCUGCCGCUAAAGAGCGGCUCGCGGAGGCGGCCAAUAAGGGUGACCGCGACGAAGAAAUCCUCUAUAAUUCCUGCCAAGGGUGGCUGACGCAUAAGAUUGCACACCUUUGCUACUGCAAUAGCACCGAGAAUGUCGAGCGGAGGGAAUUCGCUAUUGAACAGUGGGAACGCAUCCUACAGAUUGGUACAAAGCGCGAAGAGAUGUCCCUCUCAUGGCUGAAAGAAGCCGUCUGUGGAAAGCUUGCGAACGUGUUUUUCCAUGAGGCGAUGCGGGAUACAAACGCUGCAGCUAGUUAUCUGGAGCGGUUGAAGCAGCUGGCCACAUUCAAGCCCAUUGAAGAUGAGCGCCCAAAAACCUAUACAACAGAACUUAUCGCACGAUACUACGCGCUUCAAGGAGACGAAACGAAGGCCAAGGAUGCCUUGCGCUUGCACAUCAAACGCAACAUCGACAUUCUCUCCGAUGAUGAUCCGCUGAACGACUGGCAGGGUUAUUUGGGCUUAGCGAGACAUCUCAUGUUCGCCGGCCAGGACGUUGACUGCCUCGCCGCUUGGUGGUUACUUGUUCCUUAUAGCCACGCAGAGACCGACCCAGAUUCAUCAGAAAUUGAGACAGCAUCUGAGUGCUUUGGGCCCUUGUGGGAUGGAUGCUAUGGCUGUGAGGAGAAUGACAAGUACGCAGAUGACAUGUAUGUGUGCAGAGAGUGCGAGGAUAUCCAGUUCCACGCACACUGUUACCGCAAACUACUAGAAGGGACCCUCAAGUACGAAUUCUGCAACAAGGACCACAAAAUGCUGCAUGUCCCACCAUACGAUCCCGCCCAGCGCCAGAGAGUUGGUGUGGGUAAUGUCCUGGUUGGCGAGGAAAUCAUCCCGGUUACUGAAUGGCUUCAACGACUCAAGGAAAACUGGGGUAUCCGCUUAUAA